AUGACUCGUUACCUGACACCCUCCAAGAUAGGUUUGCUCGUACUCAUCGAGCUCUAUACAGAUGGAAUUGUAUCUACGUCAUCCACAAUAUCCAUACUAUCUUUUGUCCUAGCACAAUUGCUACCAUCGAGCUCGGUGAGGCAAUUAGGGAGAGCCUCUAUGACUCCAAGGUAUCCUAUACUGGAUCUGGAAACCUUCGAAUCUCUACUUAAACAACACAACGCCGCAUCCGGACAUCCAGGAAGGACCCUAUGGGAUCAUUUCCUUGCGAAACUCUGGAAGAUCGAUAGUCUAGAUGCCUUACAUGAGUUCUUCGCUAGGCUGAACAAUCUUCUUGCAAAAUCCCGAGAGGACAUCAAGAAGGACGGCGAGAUGGGCAUUCCUCCGCCCUCGGGGGAUAUGAUACUACUAUCUCGCAUAUCCCCGCUCGGGAGCUUUUUACGGAAAGCUAAAAUUGAGUUUGAACGACUAAAAUUCGGUGAUGUGCUUCAACUUUGGACGACUUUCAUGAGAUGGAGGCAAUACUCAAAGGCAUAUUGGGCGAGGAGGGGGCGUGCAGUUGGAAACUGGGCCGGGGAUAGAGUCUUAACGGAAGGAGAGAAUGGAUGGGGGCUUGAUGAGACCGAGACUCUGGCUCAUAUAGCUUACGGCGGUUUGGGGGAGGAAGAGGCCUCUGGAUCCAUUAGUACUGAUGAUGUGGAAAAGCUACUUGAGUUUCACGUGGAACAGAUGCAAAAACUGGGCACGAGGAUGCCUAUUGAGGUAAAGUCCAAGCUCAAGUCACUCCUGGACGACAGUAUCAUAACGCCCAGUUUGUCCCACUACCUGACCUUCCUGGAUGCUUGGAGAUCUGGCGACUACCCUUCAUCCUUCGAUAGUCUUCAUCGAUACUUUGACUACACGAUGCAAAACCGAGACCGCUUAUUCUACCAAUAUGCUCUCAUGAACCUCGCAGUUCUUCAGGCCGAUUUCGAAUGUUACGAUGAGGCGGUGGCUGCAAUGCUUGAGACUGUCUCCACUGCAAGAGAGAAUAAGGACAUGGCAUGUCUAAAUUUUGCUUUAAACUGGUUGUAUCAUUUCGGGAAGGCACACCCGAACAUCAUCGAAGGCUCCGGCUCAACAAGUAUGCUUGGUGUUGAGAAAGAGGGCCUCGCAUUCCUACGGAUCAAAGCCAAAGAGACUGGUAUGUGGACACUCUGGAGCUCCUCGCUGCUCAGCGAGGCGAAGUUGGCAUUGUCCAAUGGUGAGAGUGUGGCGGGUGCUUUUGAAGGGAUACUCAAGAGCUCCCACCUGGUCACAGAGAAAGGAAUGAAGAGUAUGAUGGGACCACAAACCGCCAUGCAGUCUUCUCUAUGGGGUCGCCUAGGGCUGGUUUGUCUCUCCAAGCAGUACAGUGAGAUAUUCCUCCGAUGUCAUGCUCGGUACAGUCUAUUCGAUGAUACCUUAAGGUUUACGUGCCGGAUAGCACAUUAUUUGAUGGAACGAGGCUCCUAUGAACAAGCAGCAGAAAAUUUAGAGGGUUUAGAUUCUAACGCUUUGCGUUCAUGGAAAGCGAACCAGUACUGGCUGAGGUAUCGUGGGAUACUGCGCCUCAAGAAUGAUUUACAUACGAACAAUCUAGAUGGUGCUGACCACAUUCUGUCCCAGUUACUUCAAUGUGAUGGUCUUGAGGCGGACUCGGAUCUUUCCUUUGAGACCAGCACCCUUCAUGUCGAUUACCUCAUCCGCCGAGCAGAUUUUGGAGCCGCAUUAUCGAAAUUGGAGCAGCUUGCCUCUUCGCUAAAGGAGCAAGGAGAUGAUAUCAACUUGCGAGUCAGGAUACUGACGAUGAAAGCGUUUCUGCAGAGCAAAACAGGUCGCCCAGAGAAAGGUUUUUCUGUCGCGGUUCGUGCAGCAAGUAUAGCAUGGCGAGCACGCUUGAUGCCGGCGCUUUGGGCUGCCAUGGGAGCGGUGGCACAUAUUCUGGUCGCACUUUCUGAGUUCCAAGCUGCUUGUCAAAUAGUCAUUGCUAUAAUUCCUAGGGCAUUAGAAUGCGAGAAUUGCACACUUAGCGCACAGCUGUAUUCUUGUCUCGCUGAAUCAUUCAUGGGAUUGGCAGGACAAGCAGCAGCAGGGGAGCCAAAAAGAACCGAAAAUUUAACAAAAUCCUUGGACUUUCUUGAUCGGGCGUUUAAGGAGUUCUGUGCUAUUGGAGAUAUCAAUGGGCAAUGCGAGGCUCGAGCCAAGAAAGCAAUGGUGAUGAUGGCCGUGGGAGACAAAGCCCUGGCAAAUGAUUAUGCUUCGUCUUUCUUGGAUCUUGAGCAGCAGAGAGUUGCGGUGCGUAUCUGA